AUGGCUGAACAGACUAAUCAUUCAGAGUCAUAAUAUUGGUAGACUCUCUAGACCUGAGCUGAAUGUUGAAGAGAGUUGAAUUGGUAGAAUAGAGAUUCUGCAUUAGAGGAAAUUAUAUAUAGCACCCAGAACCUGCUAAAAAUUAAGUCCUCCAUGUUAUUUAUCAAAAAAGAGCAUUCUGGAUAAAUAAAUUAUGGCAUUUAAACUAAACAAGGUCUUCUUAAAUUUAGUUAUUUAAUCCAAUGAUGAUAAUUAUUCAGACGCCACAAAUCAGUAAAUUAUCCAAAUUGAACUCAAUCUUACUUCUGAUUGGUCAGUUCAAAAUAAAAAUUGAGCGAUCAGGCCCUAAUAAAGAUUUUUAUUUCAUAAUUUCUUAUACUAUAUCAUCCUAGAAAUUGGUAUUUUCAGACAAUCGAAAAGGAGAGUUAUGUUUCGCAUUAAACAAGACUAUCCUUACCAAUAAAUAUAGCAAGAUUUUGAAUUUUACAGAAAGUAGAGACUAAGGAAUGAUUAACACCGAACCCGCCGACCUUAUGAGUCAAAGUGACCAGAUACAUCAACAGUUUUGCCAACUCCCCUUGACCACUGAGAUUAUCUUGCAACAAGAUCCUCCUUGUGAGGAAGGGGAAGAGCUUGACCUGCAAAUACAUUCCCAGUUUUAGUAAAUUGCAACUUCAGUGAGAUUCAGAUAAUGAAAUCGACACCCUUGGAAAUACCAGUGAUCAAGAGCUUUCAGACAAUGAAAUCCUUAUGAGAGCUCCCAAACUCAGAGCACUGAGCCUUGAUAGCAAUGAUAGUAUCCAAGGUUUUAUGCUUCCCACUGCAGCUUUGAAUACAAUGGAUAUGGAUGGAAAUAUGCCAAAUUUUGGGACUUCCAACAACCAAGUUUCUUUGGAUACCCAAAGCAGUCAACUUCAGAGUGGUUUUCAACUUCAAGAUGGCAGUUGUCAAAGCUUGCAGUUACAAAGAAAUGUUCAAUCUGAUUUUCAAUUCCAAAACAAUGAAGAAAUAGGAGUUCAGCAAGAUCUGCAGGAUUUAGGUGAAGAAGAAUUGAUUUUAUCAGAUAACCAAGAUAAACCCUCCUCUCAAUGUCAGGCUUCUAAGUUUAUUUUAGGUGCCUCCAAAGUGCAAGAAAACCCAGAUGGGGUUUCCAUGCAAUCCGGCUACAAACCUCAAACUAUUUUAGGUUUCCUGUCCUCCCAAGUGUCAACAAGGUUGACUUAAGGUAGAAUAGAUUUAGCCAACCCUGUGCUGGAGCUAGACCUCUAGCCCCUCUGCACACCCUUCAUAUUACUCUUUUACAAGUUCAAUAGCCAUUUCUCUUU